UAUUCUCGUUUCCGGUUCACGUAGUUGCUAGACGACGCCACUAUAUUUUUUUGCUAUCACAAAUUUUAUAGUUACUCACAAAACGUUGAUUAUAAUUACUUUAAGUAUUUUUAGCUUAAUUAUUGUGAUAAUUGAGAAUUAAUUAUUAAAUUUAAAGUAAUCAUUUUGUAAAGUUUCAUAAGUUUUUCUAAAAACAAUAAAAUUACCGGAAGUUCGGAUUCUGCGACAUAAAUCUCUCCUCUUGUGAUCGCAAAAUUUUGUCUCCCCUUUUUUUCGGAUAAUAAAAAAAAGAGUUAUAUCAGAAUUUUUCCACAAGAAAUGGCGACAGCCGUUCCUUCUAGAUUUGCUGUUCUCGCUAUUGAGGACGAUGACUUCAAACCGAAGAAAACAACAAAACCUGCCAAUUCAUUAAAGGCGAAUCAAAAAAAUAAAAGUGACAAAUCUAAACAACAAACCAAGAAAGAUGACAAGAAAAAACAAAGCAAAAAUAAGAAGAAAAAGAAUGUUGCUAAUGAUCAGCAAUGGGAACAAUGGAAACAAAAAGAUUCGAUGGCAGUAGAAGAAUCCUACGAACAGGAUCUUCAUCAAGCAAUAAUGCUGUCGAAAAUAACUUACGAAUCUCAAUUGGAAAAUGGUUCUAAACCUGAGAAAGAACAGGAACAAACUAAAAAGGGUAAUAGUAAAAAAUCCAAAAAAUCAACAAUGUCCCUGGAGGAAUUCAAUAAUUUGGGCAAUAAUCCUGCACAAAGUAUUACUGAAAAAUCUGUUAAUUCAAACGGAAAAGUAAAAGAAUCAGAUCCUGAAUAUUUUGAAAGGGUCCAAAAAGAAGCGAAUCUUGAAAUAAUAAAGGGAAAGGAAAAAGAUUUAUUAAAAGCGAGAUUAAAUCAAAUAGACAACAAUGAAAUUACAUCAGCACAAUUACGAGUGGAAUUAGAGAAUAGAGAUGACAUUAUUAAGGGACUCAAAGAUGAUGUGUUUAAAUUAAAGGAAGAGCUUAGUCAAGUGAAAAAUAGAAAUAAAAAAUUAUAUCAAAUAUUGGCGCAAGGAGAAAUGAAAGAUAAGGCUGCAGUAUUAGCGGAAGUAGCCAAACUUCAGGAAAUAAGAGAUGAAUUAACUUCCGAAGUAUCGUCAUUGCACGCACAAUUAGAGCAAGAGAGAUCCAAGAAUCAUGCUUCUAAUUCUGAAGCAAAGCCUAUAAAACAAAAUAGUAAGAAAAGACUGUCCAGUGAAAAUGCCUAAGCAUUCUUCUCCAAGUAAUAAAGUAUGAUAAUGUGAUUUAUUUAGUUAUAUAAGUGUUUCGAUUAGUUAUAUCGAUUUUUUUUACAAUUUCUAUAUAUUAUACAAGAAGAGCAUACGUUUAUUAUUUUUUUCUAUUUUUUUUUAAAUAUUCUAUUGCAAUAUUUAGUUAUUUCUAUACUUAUUCAUUAUACAUUAGAAUACUUUAAUGUUUACAAUUUUCCAGUGAGAAAGUUUAUUUUCUUUUUCUUUUCUUUUAUAAUUAUAAUUAUAAUAUAUAGAACUGUUAAAAUAGAUGAAAGACAAGGAGAGCAUUUAAAGUUUAGUUUUUGUUGUGUACGAUUAUAGUCUGCAACUUACGAUCAUUACUGCCUAUCAUAUUUAUAUAAGUGAAACUUAAAAAAAAAAAUACAUGGAAAAGACUCAAAAAUUAAAUGAGCCAAUUUUUUUUAUUAAACUGUUUUGUUACUGAAUAUAUUGUAACAAUUUCAAAUAUUUUGUAAUAAAUGUAUUCUAAUUGA